UAUUUAGGUCGUCUGGAGAUGCGUCUGCUCCAACUGAAGGAGGAGAAUGCGCAUCUGCGUCAGGAGAACCAUGAAUGGCGUCACCGCUAUGAUCACCUAGAAAAGUGUCUUGAGGAUAUACGAUCCGAGCUCUCCUCUCUGUCGCCUUCAUCUUCCUCCGGUCUAGUAGCCCCACCAGUUACCUCCAUCCCCACCUCUUCCUCGUCAUUCCCCUCCUGCUCCUCUUCCUCCUCCUCCCCAAGGAAUUCUUGUACCUCGCCGUCCAGCCCGGGCGCCCCAGUGCCCCUCGACACUCUUCCUCCCACCAGCCUGGCUGUCAACACUCCUCGCCUCGCCAUGCUACCUACCAUCUUACCGAAGAAUGAAACUCGUCCUCCGCCUUCGGGUACUGCCACAACUUCUGUUGCUGAUUCUGCUGCACCUCUUUCGCGUAAUAUUCGUAAGUCGAAGCUGCAGCCCUUGAAUCAUCUAGAAUGUUUUUCCCUACAGUCUCCUAUCUAG